AUGUCGGGAGCGAUCCCUUUCAGCUUCUUCCAAGCCUUAGGGUCGAAACCCGCACAGCUACAUCGGAGCGGGGAUCAAGCAUUUCCACUCGCAAGCCUGAUUGAUGAGCCAUACUGGGAAGGCCCUUAUGAUCACUUCAAGGGCUGGGCGCCGGGAAAGGCAGAUUCCAGCAAGAGCAAUCGGCCUGCAUGGGCAUCGGGGAGUCUACCACCUGGGUUCGAGCGGUGGGCCGAAAAGAAGAUUGACGGAGCUAGCAACGGUAAUGUCACUGGCGCUCAAAACAGAACUUCCCAUAGGAACUUCUACAGCUCCGUGGAUGACCCUCUCCGGAUUACCAACCUCGACCACGAACUGCUUGAGCCUAUAGCUCGGGCUCUCAGGGAUCACAGAGUCCCCAUUACCCACGUUGUGCUUGUAUUGAUGGAGAGCGCCCGGAAAGACAUAUUCCCGUUCAAGGCAGGUUCACACCUGCACGAUGAGAUACUGUCGUCGUACACUACCCCGGAUCACGAAGUACUCCGGAAUUUGACCGCCAAGCUAUCGAAAUUGACACCAAAUGCAGAGAAGCUGACGGGCGAAGCAAGUGGUUUCCCACUAAGCAACGAUAGCUCUAGCAUCUCUGGAGGUGGAUGGAACGAUCUUACGGAACUGGAAAUGGGCGGUAUCAAUGUCCAUGGCGUUCUCACGGGUAGCAGUCUUUCCUUCAAAAGCGCAGUCAUAAACUACUGCGGUGCGGGUCCGCUACCGGUGAACUUCAUGGACGAGGUCAAAGCUCAGAUCUAUCAGCCGUGCAUCAUGCAGAUAUUCGAAUGGUUCAACCAACUCAAGGGGGACUCUACUCAGAAUACAGAGCAUACCAGGUUUCGGACUGAGCUUGAGCAUAUGCAUGAGCGCAAUUGGAGCUCUGUGUUCAUGCAGUCUAUCACUGGGCUGUAUGAUGACCAGAAUAUUCUCAAUACGAAGAUGGGCUUCAAGCAAUCCAUCUAUCGUGAAAAUAUCGGCCAGCGUAAUGCGAAGUACUAUCACAAAGAUAUGGAGGAGAUUAACUACUUCGGGUACCCGGAGUAUGAGAUACGUCCAUACCUGCAAGACGUGGUCAACGCUGCAAUCCAGAAGAACGAACGACUGUUCCUAUCCCAUUUCACGAGCACGACUCAUCACCCCUGGGGCACGCCCUCGGACUAUCCCAAAGAGCAAUACUUUGCAGACGAUGGUCUCAUGGCAAAGCACGAGGACAUGAACAGCUAUCUCAAUGCAGUGCGAUACGUGGAUACAUGGCUCGGAGACAUGAUGAAAGUCUUCGACGAAGCCGGCAUCGCAAACGAAACAUUAACCGUAUUCGUGGGAGACCAGUACGUUGCACCUAUUUACAAUAUUCUCCUUCCCAAGCUUACCCCAUCUAGCGGCCAGGCAUUCUCCGAAGACACCCCCGUCUCCGGCACCUACGAGAAUGGACACAUCAGUAACUUCCGUAUCCCCCUCGUCUUCCACCACCCACUCCUGCCCAAGCUGCAAAUCACAGCAAAUGCAACGUCAAUGUCCAUCAUCCCGACCAUCCUCGACCUACUCGUGAACUCAGGCUCACUGAACGAGCUAGACUCAAACGUAGCGCUAGACCUGAUGAAUGAGUACGAGGGACAGUCCCUGCUGCGCCCGUACCAAGCUACCCACAACGGCCGACAGGCCUGGAACUUCGGCAUCAUCAACCCCGGCGGCACAAUGCUCAGCGUUGGCUCUGCGGCGGUGCCGUAUCGACUUAUCUUACCACUCACCGAGGACUUCGAGUACGUGUUCUCGGAUCUAGACACUGAUCCGGACGAGCUGAAUCCGCUGCGGGGGUGGUCUCUUGAGCAGUUGAUCGGGCGUGUACAAAGGAAUCAUGGAGACAAAGCCGGGAAGUGGCUUUCUGAGGCGGAGAAAGUGGGGAAAUGGUGGAUUGGCGAGCAGAAGCGGUUAUGGAAUUACCAAUAA